GACGCUCCUCCAGCUCCGUGCUGCCCCGGUGUGCGAUGAUGGUCGGCGGCUCGUGUGCUCGCAGGCUGGCCCGCCGCUCGCGCUCCGCCCUGAUCGCGGCGCUCACGGUGCUGCUGGUGCAGACGCUGAUCGUGUGGAACUUCAGCAGCCUCGACUCCGGCGAGGACGGGGCUUCCAGCGUGCGGGAGAAGAGGGACCGGGUCGCGGCGGGCAACAAAGCCGCUGGCAGCGACUAUUUCCAGCGCGACGAGAGCCACAAGCGGCGGCAGCAGCCGCAUCUUCCUCCUCCGCCCGCGAGAGGAGCGGCGCGACACAUACAGCAACCGGAUGGAUAUUACUCCCACCGGCCAAAGGAGAAAAGUAGAGUCGACAGCAACAACGAGAACUCCGUACCCAAAGACUUUGAGAACAUAGACAAUAGUAACUUUGGUGCACGCUCGCAGCCACACAGGCAGUCUGUGGGGGCUACGAGCAGCAAACAGCGUGAGCAUCUGCAGGAGAAAGCUCACGCUCAGCAGCAGGCCUGGCGGGACAACUCCCCACACCUGGGCCGCAGCUCGAAUGAAGUGCUGCCUGUAGGCCACCAGCCCCUGGCGGUCGGCAACAACUCCUCGUACCCAGGCGGCCAGGCGGUCGCGGGAGUUUCGCGGCAGCAGCACCGCGCCUCACAGGUCCAACAGUCCCAAGCACAGCACAGACAUCAGCACUCGCACAGGAGGCAGGUGACCGCUGCGCCGCUGGAGGUCACCUACGACCAGCCACCCAAGUGCGAGAUCAGUGGGAAGGAAGCCAUUUCGGCUCUCUCCAGGGCCAAGAGCAAGGACUGCCGGCAGCAGAUUGCCGAGGUGUACUGCAGACACAAGGAAGGGCAGUUAAUGCCGGAGAAGGUCACUCGCUACUGCCACCUUGAGGGUAAAGCCAACGUUAACGUCCAGUGGGAUGAGGAUUCUGCCGAGAGCUUUCCGUUGAACCCGGUGAGGAUCGCGUUUGUCCUGGUCGUCCACGGUCGAGCCGCUCGGCAAGUCCAGCGCCUCUUCAAAGCCAUCUACCACUCCUCACACUACUACUACAUACAUGUCGACCAGCGCUCCAACUACCUGCACAGGCAGGUGCAGGCCUUGGCCGUCCAGUAUCCUAAUGUGAGGGUGACCCCCUGGCGCAUGGCCACCAUCUGGGGCGGGGCCAGCCUGCUGACCAUGUAUCUGCGCAGCAUGGCUGACCUGCUCGCCAUGAGAGACUGGAACUGGGACUUCUUCAUCAACCUCAGUGCGGCCGACUAUCCCAUCAGGACCAAUAAGCAGCUGGUGGCCUUCCUGUCCAAAUACAGAGACAUGAACUUCAUCAAGUCCCAUGGCAGAGACAACGCCAGGUUUAUCCGCAAACAGGGUCUGGACCGUCUGUUCUACGAGUGUGACACGCACAUGUGGAGACUAGGCGAUCGUAAAAUCCCGGACGGCAUCUCGGUGGACGGCGGUUCCGACUGGUUCCUUCUCAACCGCAUGUUCGUGGAGUAUGUCAUCAACUCCAAGGACGACCUGGUCUCCAACAUGAAGCGAUUCUACGCCUACACUCUGCUGCCUGCAGAGUCAUUCUUCCACACCGUGCUGGAGAACAGCGCCUACUGUGGCAGCAUGGUGGAUAACAACCUGCGCAUCACCAACUGGAAUCGUAAACUUGGCUGUAAAUGCCAGUACAAGCACAUCGUAGACUGGUGUGGGUGUUCCCCGAAUGAUUUCAAGCCUGCAGACUUCCACCGCUUCCAGCAAACGGUGCGACCCACCUUCUUUGCAAGGAAGUUUGAAGCCAGUGUCAACCAGGAGAUAGUGAACCAGCUGGACACCUACUUGUUUGGACCCCAUCCCCAGGGAACGCCGGCGCUGAACUCAUACUGGGAGAACGUGUACGACGAGUCUGACGGCGCGGCCAGCCUAUCGGACACGCGGCUCACGUACUACCACUCCUUCUCGCGGCUGGGCCUGGCCAGAGCGGCCGCCUCCCUGCAGGGGAACCCGAAGGAUCACAGCUGCAGGUACUUCCCCAUGGGCCACCCGGUGUCAGUGCAUCUCUACUUCCUGUCAGACCAGUUCCAGGGCUACCUGAUCCAACACCAUGCCACCAACCUGGCCACGAGCAAGCUAGAGACCAUGGAGACCUGGGUGGCACCCAGGAAGAACUUCAGGAUCACCACUCCUCCAACCAGCGCAUUCAGCAGGUUGCAGUUUGCUGAGAUCGGUACAGAGUGGGACGCCAAGGAACGCAUGUUCAGGAACUUCGGUGGCUUAAUGGGGCCCAUGGAUGAGACGGUGGGCAUGCAGAAGUGGAGUAAGGGGCCCAACAUCACUGUCACAGUCGUGUGGAUCGACCCCACCAACGUCAUCGCAGCCACCUAUGACAUCCUGAUCGACGCCAGCGCCGAGUACACUCACUAUCGCCCGCCGCUGAACCAGCCGCUGCGACCCGGAGUGUGGAGCGUCCGCAUCCUGCACCACUGGAGUCCCGUGGCGGAGAUGAAAUUCCUUAUUGCGCCGCUGACCCACCACAAACGCCAGCCCAUACGUCAAGAGGACACUGUGAAGCUGCACAACGGGCCGGCAAAGAACAGCUACAUGGAGCAAAGUUUCCACGGCCUCAACCCAGUGCUCAACAUCCCUGUCAGCCUGGGCUACGUAGAGCAGGCCAAGAGGAACGCAGCCCUGACUGGCCUGGAGCUGGAGCGCUGGGUAGACAGCCUGGUGGGCGAGCUGUGGGAAGCGGCCGACGUCUGCUCCGUUGGCCCUACAGCCUGUCCUGUGAUGCAGGCCUGCGCCAAGAACCCGUGGAGCUCCCAGAGCCCUGACCCCAAAUCCCAGCUCAGAGCACCGAGAGCAGACGGGCGCAUCAGGUAGCAGUGAGGCCUCCAGCUGGACAGGAGGCCACGGCACAGGAGAGUCACUGUUGAUUUUUUAUUUAUUUACGGCAUUUGUUGCAACCUGGGGGGGGAGGAAAAUUGUUCUUCCUCUCUUUAGGGAGAAGAAAACUAAAUAAAAAGUGGAUUUUCGGGGCGGGGAAGGCUGUUUUAAGAAUGAUUUUCACUUCCUCCCGUGGGAUUCCUCCAUUUAGGGGAUUAUGCUGGCUUUGCGAUUUCAGUUUCUCACUGUAUUUAUUUUUCUAAUCAUGGCUGAGUUUUAACUGUGAUCAAAUGUUGCAAUUUUUUUGAACACCUAUUUUGCUGCUGAAUGAAUUAUAAAGUCAGCUUUUAAAGCCCUGUGUGGGGGAGCAGUGGUCCUGGAUCGUCAACACUGGUAGCAGAGCGAGAUCUGCUGCAAUAAGGCCUUAGCUGUAAGACGUGUUUGAGGAGGCGAAUGUGCGUCCGUGACUUUUUACGUCGACAAAGAACAAAAUGAGCUGAUAUCUGUGUGUUCACAUGAAUCCAAACACUCACAUGAGUCAAAAAAAAAAGGAUUAUUUUGAUACCUCUCGAAAACGCUGAAAGCAAAUUUACAAGUUACUGAGAAACGACACAUAUUGCAGUGUUAGUAAAGCCACUUUCUUUAAAUCUCUGCGUUUUCUGAUAGGUCACUGACUCAGUUUGUAAAUUAGUCGAAUAAAUCAGUAACAGCACAACUUCAUUGUGUUCAGUGCCAGAUUGCGAUUGCGGAGCUGUUGUGGCUGCGCUCGCCAUCUGCUGCCUGUCACAUAUCGUAAAUGUGGAAAAGAAGAAGAAAAUGCAAAUACAGAGGCCUUUUUCCAGCAUCAUUACAAAUAUUUAGAUAAUAAUAGAACAUGUAGACACAUUCAUUGUUCUAGAGUCAGUAUUUUAAGACGUAACAUAGUGUAGUUUUCGUUUAUCAAACCCAGAUGUUGUGACAGGCGAAAAAAAGACAAAGAUAGAACAGCUUUUUAUUUUGUUGGUUGGUUCGUUUGUUUGUUUGUUUGCUUGUUUUUUACCAAACUGCCUCAAACUUGAAACAACAAUCUCAAGCUGACCUUAAAAUUCCCCAUCCUUGAAUUCAAUGUCAUCUUUUUUUUAAUUAUUUUUAUUUACCUUUUCUUUAUGUUGUAUAUAAUUCUAUAAGAAGUCUCAAAAAAAAUGGUAUGAAUGGUUGCUGGGGAUGAGUCCAUGAGUCGCUAUUUAUUUCUAAGUUUAUAUUAAUACUGAUAUUUUUAGUCAGUGACUAAAUAACUGCGACGCUGCUUGGGCAGCAUGAUAAAUAUUUUUUUGUAAAGAAAGCCGCCUUUAUUUACAAAGGCCAACAACCCCAAACUUAUACGACACCUUUUUAUGGCCCGCACCUGUGUGUUCGUCAGUGUUGUCCUGUCUGAAUAGAUUUCCUUGUCUUGGUUUCUUACAUGGCUGUUUUUGCAAAGUGCAUCAUAAGAGGAAGCCACUCUGUCCUAUGAGGUCAGAGGUCCGAUACACAAAAAAAACAAAAAAAAAACACUCCUCACAAGCAAACACAAGAUAAUGUUGGAAUUGAAGGAGAAUCUGUGUGUUUUUUUUGUUUAUUUUUCCUAUCUCUUUUUGGUGUUUUUUCAGUUCCCGUUUGAGAAUGAUAACAAGUGGUAGUGAUCUUCAUGCUGUGACAAUAAUGUAUAAAUAAAAGUGAGUAUUAUUAUA